ACGCGGCCAUUGUGUAAGCCGCACACACCAGGGACAUCCAAGGAUCUUGCAGCAGCAGCAGCUGCACCAGCAUUUUCCCCAUCAUCAUGGGCCAACCAUCGACUACUGGUGUCGGUCCCAGGAGCUGGACCCUCUGCGGAGCCGUUCUGCUGUUCAUUCUGCAGCUAUUCCAGACCUCCGAUGCACUGCAUCACACCGAGGAGGGACUCGAGUUGCUCUUUCGUGAACGCUCACAGUCGGACUGGGAGAAUGUGUGGCAUCAGGAGACCCAUUCCCGGUGCCGGGACAAGCUCAUCCGCCAGUUAUACUGGGCCUGCGAGAAGGACAUUUACCGCCUGACGCGACGCAACCGCAAGCGGACGGGCAACGACGAGGCCUGGAUCAAGCAGAGCUCCUCCUCCUCGAAACCUGGUACGCCCCCGUCGACUUGGCUGCACGUGAACUACGCCAACAUGUUCUUGAGGACUCGUCGCUCCAACGCUCCGUCGAUCACCAACGAGUGCUGCACCAAGGCUGGCUGUACCUGGGAGGAAUAUGCCGAGUACUGUCCUUCCAAUAAGCGACGCAAUCAUUAUUGAUUUCCCUUUGGUUGUUCUACAGAUACAUGUGGUUAUAUACUAUACUAUAUGCUUUUUGUUUUAUCUGUUGUUCUUGUUGUUGGUGUCAUUGUCGUUUGGGUGUGUGUGCAUCAGUGUGGGGCUAAAUGAAUAAAGUUUAUGGAUCGUCAAAGUUCUUGGGGUUCACAAAAAAAAACAAAAAAAAAACACUUGUACUAAGUUCAUCUAGAUUUCUAUACAUUCUACGAGUACAUAUAGUAUGUAUGCAUGUGCGGUAUAUCAGUAUAGUUGUUGACUAUUUUCUAAAUUAUAUGUUUUGGGUACCAUCAGACAAUGAGAGAGAGAGAGGGAGCAUGAAAGUAUAAUUAGAUAGAUGGAAAUGGGCUUCCCGUAAAGU